CAUUCGCCACGGUUGGUCGCGGUCGCCGGACGCACUCGGUGGUGUAACGCUGCUCUCUCGAAAGGGAUUCGCGCGCACGGACGACGGACUCCUAUCUCGCAGGCUCCUUUAGCUCUCUCGGUCGGCGACGCGCAUUCUCGACCGUCCGCGAAACUGCCCGUGGCUGGUAGUCGUAAUCGUAGAGCCGAGAGAGCGGUCCCACCGGGACUCACGCUGUCAAAUGAGGUAAGCGGGGAAACAUGCUGCGCCGCGUCGGGAACGCAGCAGCGGGAACGAGUGGGUGCAUGUGAAUACACGGAGUGUGCUCGUGCGUGUGUGCGUUUUAUUCGUUUCUUCCUUACCUCCGUGGACUCCAACGACUUCGAUCCCUUUUGUCAUUGUCCGAAAACGUGAGGUGCCGACGAGAACACGAGACAAUGAUGCUGCCGACGAUACGCGUCGUAGUGUUCCUGUUGCUCAUCGUCGCCAAUCUCCACGCCGUGACCAGCACCGCCAAAACGGCUAAGGAGGAGUGUAGGAAGAGGAUAGCCGAGUGCAUGAUGAGCGGCGGUGGAAACAUGCCGGUGUGCGGAAGUGACCAAGUCACAUAUCCUAAUCAAUGUCAAGUUAUCUCUAUGCAGUGCCAAGGCGAGUCCAUCCUUAUCAGACAUACUGGACGUUGUCCAAAUACAUCGGCGUGCGAGUCGGCGAGGAUGACCGCACGAGCGGGCACGAAGCCCACUUGUCGGAAGGACGGUACGUACGCGCCGGUCCAAUGUCACACGGAAACCGGGUAUUGCUGGUGCGUGACGCCGCAAGGUCGGCCGUUGCCCGACACGUCGGUAAGACACGAAAGACCACGAUGUUUGAGACCCGGCUCCAGAUCUGCUGCUUCCACUAGGAGCGGCCAGACACGGCGCUCGCCGAAUUGGAAACAGCGCAGGCAGUAUGACAGCAACCGGCACCGGAAUACCUGCGAUCGCAACGAGAAGUCCAAGUUCAACGCGAACCUCAUCGAGAACUUCAAGAUCGAGUACAGGCGGACGAAUAUCUCCGCUGAUGGCGACAAGGAGGUCGAGCGAGUGCUGUCGUGGAAAUUCGCCACUCUGGAUAAGGACGGGGACGGCUACUUGAACAGAGCGGAGUACAAGGAGCUUAGAAGACUUGCUAAGAAGGCGGUGAGACCGAAGAAGUGCGCACGCACGUUCGCCCGCACGUGCGACCUAAAUCGAGAUUUAAAGCUAUCCAAGCAGGAAUGGGGUGCUUGCCUCGUGAAUGAUUUCACUCUACAUUUGUUCUUGUCGCUGAACCCCGCAGACGAGCGCCCCGAGGUCCCUGAGGCCCAAAGGACACGGGCCACGGACCAAGUAUUUUUCGCAGUUUUGAAAAGUAGCCCUGCACCUAUUCAUACGAAACCGACGUUUACCGACGAGCUUACUGAUACUAAGGAGGAAAAUGAUGCGGUUGACUGUACGGCGGAUAGGAAAGCGGCGUUGGAAGAUCAAAUACAAUCGGAAAAGAAGUUUUACGUACCUCAAUGCACACCCGAUGGAAGAUAUCUCCGAAUACAAUGUUACUCAGGUUAUUGCUGGUGCGUAUAUCAAGAUACGGGCAAACCUAUACCUGGAACAUCCGGGAAGGAUACCGCGCCAAAUUGCAAUCCAGUCCCGACUCCCAGCAGACCUAUGAAAGGAUGUCCAGAGUUAAAGAAACAACUAUUUCUCCGAGACCUAAUGGAGCUCAUGCAAACAAAGAUGAAAGCAUCGAGCACUGAUUCCGAUGAGACUACCGAUAACUGGCCAGCUUCUAAGGAGGAGAGGAUAGCUACAUGGCAUUUCGUGAUGCUUGAUAAGAAUAAGAACAAGGUCUUAGAAAGAAAAGAAUGGAAAAGUUUUCGUGUGAUGGUGGCAAACAACAAGCAGCUUCGGAGAUGUGGCAAGAAGUUGCCAAGAUACUGCGAUAUCAACAACGAUAGAAGGAUCAGCAUGACAGAGUGGCUUAGCUGUCUCAAUGCACAACGUCCAACAAUUGACAGUACGGAGAAAGCAUCGACGAAUAAACCGAAAAGGAUGGGCCCGAAUCCACUAGACAAGUUUCUUAAUGAUGAUGAUUAGCAGCAUAAUGUGAUAAUAAAGUGUGUGUUCGUGAUUUUGUAAAGGGACGAUCAUUCUUUUUGCUAUUGAACUCUAAAUCAGUUGCCGCUGAAGACUCUGGUUUGUAUGUAUUUUGUAAUCGUUAAUGUGAGUAUAGCUGAUGUGUCAUAUAGUGAAAUAACAUAACGAGACGAAUUUGGUCACAUGACCAAAAAAUUUAUAUUACGGAUAUUGCGAGCUCGAUGUAAGCAUAGCCUUUUAUGAUUCUAUUAAUUGUUAUAGUGAAUGCACAGGUUAAUCUGUGUGCACAUCAGCGUACUUCAGUACCGAAUAUCAGUGAAGUAAUUGAUAUCAAGCCUUUAAAAUAGCUGAAAAAUGUAUCUAUAAUAUUAUAAGUAUUCGGCUGACGAAUAUAUUGCAACAAUGCAUAAA